AUUAUGGCACACGUUUGGGCUUAACAUUUACAGCUGGCCGAAUUGUCUAGCAAGCUCUGCGUGAAGCUGGACUCGUGUCGCCUCGCUGUAUGCGCAUUUCAUUAACCCUACUUGCAGCCUAGCCCACCUUACGCUUGACAUUUGAACUUGACUAGCAGAGCAACCUGUCCAGCCUGCUCAGGUUGUGCCGGGUCUGUCAUUUCGAGGGGCCCUCGGGGCCCAGGCGUCCGCGGGACCUUGAAUGCAGUGACAACAUUUAGGGUUAUCCUGUGUGACAGUAUUCGUACUGUCAACUGGCAAAGCUGCGCUUGAAUUCGCGAUGCAACCUCCUCGUCGCGAUUGAGGAGCUUACGCUCGUCGCUUGCACCGCAUAAAUUAUGUGGCGGACGGUGCUCGGAUUUCUGGACGGGGGCUCGCCCCUCCCGAGCCACUACCGGCAAACACAUCGGCUAGCAGCACGUAGAGACCUACCAGACUUGGAGGGGCAGGCCCGCGAUGAUGCGGAGUCUGAUGAGGAGGAGUCUAUGGCUACAAAUGAAGACGGGGGACCGUUGGCCCGGCGAAGAAGCUACUCGGGCUCCGCAGGCGGUGCCAGCCUGGAGGGGCACACAGCGCCUCUCUUCCCGGACUCGCAGCAGGCGCAGCAGGCGCAACAGCCGCAGCCGCAGCAGCAACAGCAGGAGUCGAUAGUUGUGGACGUGGAUGGCCCAAGCGGUGAGGGCGGGGCAGGGCACGCGCAGCCAGUGUGGACCGGCCGUGCGUCCGCAUGCGGCGGAGCCGUCGACCACUCGCCAAUAGGAGUCGUCGGCACUAGCGGCGCGCACGCGUUGGCGGCGGGACCAGGCCCGCCGGUGCAGGCCGCACCGGCCAGCCCUAUUAAUAUGGGCACGACGGUCCUUGGACCGUCGGCGCCGCUGGCGCCCGGCGCCGGCAUGCCCGGCGCCGUCGUCGUCGCGGUUGGGCGGGGUGGCGGCCCCAACCCGAAUAACCACGACUACAACAACAAUGGCGCGGUUCAGAACCUCAAUAAGGGUCCCACCAAAGCGCCGGGCGCGCCAGCGCCCUACCUCUCGGACUACGCCACGAUGUCGCCCGACCAGGGCGCCGGCACGGCCGCCGGCGACGCCACGGCGGAGCUGCGCGCGACAGGCGCGGGCGCUGACGCCAACAAGGCGGCCGCCGCUGCUGGGCGCGCCAACGGUGGCAACGGGCGGCGGCCCAGCCACCACCAGCACCAGCAGAACAUCCCGCCAAACGGGGCCCUGGGCGGCUUGUACGGCCCGGGUCUGUUCCGCCACGACUCCUACCCGCCGCCGUUGGACAGCAGCAAGGCGGACAUGGCAGCGCUGGGCGGCGGCGCGCGCGGCCCGCCCAUCGCCAAGUUCAGUGACCUGCGCUUCGUGCAGCAGAUUGGCGAGGGCGGCUUCGGGAGGGUGUACUACGGCUACUGGCAGGGGCACCGUGUGGCCAUCAAGCUGGCGCACCCGCCCAGCGGCUCCGCCUCCGCCGCCGACCUGGAGCACCUGGUGCGCGAGUUCCGGCGCGAGGUGGAGGCGAUGUCGGCACUGCCGCCGCACAAGAACGUGCUGCAGCUGCUGGCAGCGUGCACCGAGCCGCCGCAGCUGGCGCUGGUGACGGACUACUGCGCGGCCGGCUCGCUGUACCAGCUACUGCACGGUGCGCGGGUGCCCGGCCACUCGCACCUGCACCCGCCCUGGCCGCAGCUGCUGGCCAUCUGCCUGGGCGUGGCGCAAGGCAUGAGUUGGCUGCACAGGCACUCCAUCCUGCACAGGGACUUGAAAAGCGCCAACAUAUUGCUGGACAACGCCGGUAACGCGCGCAUUGCCGAUUUCGGGCUGGCCAAGAUUGCGGCGGGCAGCGGCCGGCAGGUGAUGACGGGCGGCCUGGGGACGUACCAGUGGGCGGCGCCCGAGGUGCUGGCGCACCAGCGGUACAGUGAAAAGGCCGACGUGUACAGUUUCGGCAUGGUGCUGUACGAGUGCCUCACCCGCAAGCUGCCGUACGAGGGCAUGACAGCGGUGCAGGCGGCGGUGGGCGUGGUCAACCACGGGCUGCGGCCCGAGAUUCCGCGCGGCACGCCGCCGGCAGUGGCAGAGCUCAUAAGGGCUUGCUGGGCUGCCAUCCCGGAGCAGCGGCCGUCGUUCACGCAGAUCGAGUUGCAGAUGAUGUUGCUGCUGGACCAGGCGCGCACGGCCGCGGCGCCUCCGCCCAUGCCGCAGGCGGCAGGCGCGGGCGGUGGCAGCAGCGGCGGCGGGGGUACCGGUGCCGUUGUGUACCAGCCUCCUCAACCCCAACCGCAGCCCCAUCUACAGCAGCUGCAGGCACCCCACCCGCACAUGCAGCAGCAGCAACAGCAGCAGCAGGCGUUGCCACCUCCCAUGGGGCCACUCGGUGCGGGCGCGUUGCCGGGGCAGCCAGGUGGGGGCGGGUUGGUCAUUGGCAUAGGCCCCAUGCCUUAUGGAGGCGGCGGGGGGCCAGGCGGAGGGUUAGGAGGAGGGUUAGGGGGCGGAGGGUUAGGUGGUGGUGGUGGUGGAGCAGGAGGCGGGCGGCCGCACAUGCCGAUGCGGCCGUCGCCCCCAGCACCGCCUAUGGCCGCUGCAGGGGGCAUGUACGUGUGAAGCAGCUAGGCACUCCAGCAGCUGCAGACCAAGGGGUAUUAGGGUUUAGGGGUGGCACAGGUAAACGGUUGCAGGUAGGUGCGUGUUUGCACAUGGAGUGCUUCGUCGUUUGAUAGCACAGGCUUGGUGCGCCCCGCUCGCAAUUUGCAGCGGAGGGCUGGUGGAGGUUGUCGCAUGCAGGAAGCUGAUACCGGGCAACCUCAUGCCGGGCUAGGGCACAUGACGUUGAAGUGGGGACUGGCCGGUCAGCGCAUGCCGAUAGCUAGCCGAUAGCGAGUAAUGAUUUCACGGUGCACGUAGCCCGAUGAAGGUUUAGUGAAUCGGGCAGGCUCACGCACGCAGCUGCGUGGUGUGAGGCGCCAAGUGACAUCCCGAAGUGCUGGGAUAAGACAUGCUACCGGUGCAUCGCUUCCUCCACAGUGGAAGCAAAACAUUUUGCAUUCAACAAGUGCGGGCUGCAACCGCUUUAGACCUAGCUGGCGGCAUGUUUACAAGAAGGGAGGUCACUGACAUGCAUCAUCCCUGCGGCACCCUUACCUCUUCCUACGUGUGUCUUGGGGUAUCUAUCUUCGUCGGUGUUGUUACGAAUGCCGGCACGGUUGUGCGCACGGCUGCGACUAUAGUGAAGGGGGUUGGUUAACAGGAGUAAAGCAUGGGUCGUGCGGCUCCCCGCACUGUAGGAGGAAAGAGCUGCAGAGCUGCGUGUGCUCCCUUCCAUCUCCCCAUGAUAGUGUUCCCGGCCCCUGGUGUGAUGUGUAUCCUUUCGCCAGCUGUACGUUCCAGCUGUGUUGCGCCCGUUGGCUGGUGGCAACGGCGUGCCACGCCACUGUUGAAGCGGCGCGGCACCAGGCACUGUAGUCAUGUUUGUUCGUGACUUGAGCGUAUGUGGGGCGGGUGCGAGGUGAGCCCUACAACGCAUGAAGUGUAACUGGAAUGCAUUGCCCCGUUUUGUAAAA